UGUGAGGAGCGUACAGUAUUGACCUACUAACACAGAUCUCUCUCCAGCGGCGUCGGCUGCGUCGUCGGCAGAAGGCGCGUUCCUCGGCUGCGCCCGGCUUCUCCACUCUCUCCCGAGCGCACAUUCUCCUCCUGGCGCACGACGGGAAGGACGUCUUCGGGCUGCUGCUGCUGCUGCUGCUGCGAGGGUCUCUCUCUCUGCCUGCCUGGCCCCUGCUCUCGCUGCCUGGUUGUAGUCGAGGACCUGCUCGCCUCUCGGCCCCUCUCCAAAGCGACCGGCUCCGACGGGAAGCAGAUGCCGACGGGAUCUCCGGCGAGCGAGGCGCGCGCUCGGCCCCUCUCGGCCCGAGCAGCUUGCCCAGGUACAGGAAGCUUCCGUCGGGGAAAUUGCUCGUCUGAAGGGGGUCCUUCUUCCCCCCCCUAUCCCGCCCACCUUCCCUCGGUCCUUUCCCGACGAGACUCACUCUGUCCUGGUGUGCGUUCACCCUUCUCUAGACACGGGUUCGUCGGAGAAAUUCGACCCUCUCCAUGCGCCUGUCUACCUAGCAGUAACUUUUCUCGCCCUCUGGCACGUCAGCGGCCGGGACUCGCCGCCUGAAGGCGGCCGCUUUGAUUGCAGCCCCUCUCGGAGCAGCUUCCCCGGCUCGGCUGGCUCAGAGCUCGGCGCUGCUCUUACAUAAUAAGAUGCCUCCUCCGGGGUGGAGGGAAAUCGGGACUGGGGAGCAGGAGGAAAGCUCAGAGAUCUUGCCACCAUUCCUUCUUGUAUGAGCAGGGAUUUGUGGGGGUGGGGAGAUGGAUGGUAAGCGAGGGCAUGGAUGGGAGGGUUGGCUGAAGGAAUCGUUGACGGGCAGCAAAGGAUUAGGAAAAUGCCUUGUUAAUAGUGGCAUGCGCCUUGGAAGAAGAGUUCUUUGAAACGCGCCCGUUUCCCCCUGGGGAGCAUCUGAAGCGCCCGAGGGGCUGGCGGGGCUUGUUAUUUCAUCUCUCGCGCAUUGCAUAAUCGGUCCACGGCGAGUUAUUGGCGAGCGCUUCAGAGAGGAGGUGAGCGUGCAAUGCUUUGGUAAUUUUGGUGCAGCGUUAGGGAAUACGGUCCCCAUUUACACAUCUCAUCUAUUUCUGGAUAUCUUAGGGAAGGUCUGCUUUUUUAGAAUAAAAAAAAAGCCCCAUGAUGAACUGGUGCUGCGCGUGAGAUUCCUUGUUUAUUCCUUACGCUGCGUUCUUUGAAGCUGCUAGAGAAAGGAAGACACGUAACAAUCGCCUGAUUCGGGGCUGUUCAGAUGUAUGUUAUGUGUGUGGGGGGGGGAGAAUUCGGUUUAUAUUGGCCCGUGCCUUUUGCUCCCUCCUGGCAGCUGGUUUUCAGGCACCGCGUUUCCUGAUCGUUCCUGGAAAUGUUGCAUUAUGCAACCACGGCAUUCGCUGGCGGCCAGGUUAGGCAGCUAAUUACGCGCUUUGAUAAAUCUCGCCACAAAGAAACUAGAGCAAUCUCGGCUUUAAAAUAAAACCACGAUUUCCAAAGUCAUCCCUCUUGCAUCUCCCUCCCCUGUCGGAAAGUAGAUCGCUGCUGCGUAAGUUGGAGAAAGGCAGCUCGGCUUGUUGAAUGUGUGCCACGUCCCUUAAAACGAAAAUUGUGCACGUCUAUAUUUAGCCCUAUCACAUUUGAGCAAUUGUGGCUCCGUGGGCUAUUUCUGGUCUUUUCUCCAGAGCUGUGCAAAUAGACGUUCAAGGACAUUUGCUGGCGUUUUCAACUCCACGCCUUGGGAGACGUUUUGAUAAGGCUGGUAUUUUUAGGAAGGCAUUUCGCUCACACAUCAAGUGGCUUGGUAGGUGUUGGCUUUCGUGCAUGAUUCACCCUCCUCCGUAGAGAUAUAUAUACAUACAUACAUACAUAAGCUUAUAUAUACACAAGCUUGUUACGCAUUUCGGGAAAAAGUGAGAGGUGCCUCUGAUCUCGUCGUAGCCCCUGCAAUUUGCAACCAAGAACAACAAAGUCGGGCUGGCGCGGGGGGGUGAAAGGCGGAGGGGGAGGGUGCGCGCGGGGUGCGGAGUCUUUAUUUCAACAUAUGUGACGGUCGGCGUAACGUUGCAAAACACACACCCAACAACAAUGCCCAGCCCGAUUUAGGUCAGUAGCACAUUUCAGAUGGCCAGAAUCCCAGCGUGCGAUCGAAAUCUAUGCCACUCUCGCAAUCGUGUCGUUUUGCAACUAUUAAACCCGUCUGCGCCGGGGUGGGGGUGGGGUCUUGCUUUUUCCAAAAAAAAAAGAAGGGGGAAGGGGAGAGAAAUCCUGAUGCUGAAUCACUCUAAAAAUAUAAGAAGGUUCAGAAAUCCAAGGUUUGCGCGGGGGUGGGGGUGGCGAGGAGCGCAAAAUCGGGUUCGACAAUUGUUGAUUUUCUGCUAGUGGCUCUUUUAAUGAGAGAGAGAGAGAGAGACAGAGAGAGAGACAGAGACCGAGGUCUUUCUGCAUUCGAGUCAGAGCUCUUGCCCAGAUUAACAAGGGUCCCACUGCGACCCCUUAGAAGUAACCGGCGCGUAAUUCGGGCGCGUUUGUUGCGUUCAGAGGACAGCUAUGAGGUGCAGAGCCGAGAGGGGAAGAACUCCUUCUGGACUCGGGAGAGCCUGGCGCUUCUCCGAGGCCGGGGGCGUCGGGCAACGAGGGAGCUUGCGCUGCCUGCCCGCCUGCCGCCCGAGCCGCCUUAGGCGUUGGUUGUUAUGACUGGGGCCGGAGCGCGCGUUGGAAGGGGCCUGGAUGGCGCUGCCGCCGCGCUUUGCAUUCCUUUGUUCUGCGAAGGGGGGGUGGGGGUGGAGAGAAGGCGAGGCAGAGCUCCGGGGAGUGAGGCGGGGAGAGAGGGCGCACAAGAGGAGGAGACAGGCGGGCUGGAGCGGAGUCGGCGAGAGGAGUAAAUAAGGCAGGAGAGCGGUCGUUUUGCACGGACAGGGAGCGCGAGCAGAACAAGCUGGCCCCGGGGAGGGAUGCGGCUCCAGUCACGUAGUGUGUGUACUCACUGUUGCAACGACGGGGGGCGGGCCCAAGAGCUCCUCGCUCUGGCUUCUCCACCCUCCCGGGCCCCGCUUUCUCUCCGCCCCUCCAGACUUGGCAACGGAGCUGGCAGCUCUCACGUUUCCUCCCGAAACAGAGCGAAGGUUGGGCGGGCGCGUGUUUGACUGCGACCCCGUCCGCUUUUGCGCCUCCUUGGGCAGCCCGGAAUGCCGCCCCUCCUUGGGCGCAAUUGGCUGGCGAGUUUUCUCUCCAGAUUUUUUGCUCUUGCGCAAAAGCGUAUAUGGGCGUUUGCGCGCGCGCUCAUUACCUUUCAUGUAAACUCUGUGGAAAAGUCCCAAACACCCCAUCGUGUGUAUAAAGGAUGCCUGUUUAGCUCCCCUAUAGCACAGUGGCUUCUAAGUAAAAACACAAAAAAACCCAGCCCCCCUUCCCCUUUCCUUGGCCCAAGCCUUUCCUCGGAGAUUUUCCACAAUUCAGACUUCUUAACCAGGUCAUUGUUAUGGGGGCAGCAUUAAUUCCUGUAAGGGGUGCUUACUGGAGGUGGAAUAAUUACUUGUUAAAACAAUAGGGAUGUGUGAUGAGGCUCAUAUCCAUUGGCCGAUUCUUACCCCCCCCUCAAAAAAAAAGUGAGGAGGGGAUACUGCAGGUGGCAUUUCCAGAAAGAAUAGGAUUUAACUACUGUUGCCAAUGGUGUUAUUAUUUUGGUAAUUUCCCUGCAUAUUCAAGAGUGCUGCUGGGUUUUGUUUUUUUACAGUAGCUAUAAAGUAAUUAUUGCUAACUGCUGCCAGGAAAACAAGCUUUGCCGGCACACUUUAGUGCAUUUUUACUCAGAGGUAAUUCCUUCCCUAUGCAUGGUACUUGUGUUGAGUAGAACAUACUCCCAGGUCAUGAAGGUUGUCUGCAUACUUCACCUUUAAAACACACACUUUCUCUCAAAGCAUGUUGGACACUGUAGUAGGGCUGAGCAAUGUCCAGUUUUCAACAUCGUGAUUUAUCACCAGCUGUUUAUUGGAUGUACCGAUAUAUCAUGAUGUCUCAAAAAAGGAUGGAACUUUGUAGUGGUGAAUGGGGCAAUGUCUGGGCAACUGCUACUACUUAGGAGUCUAAAACGGAUACAUUUUUACUUACCUUUAACAUUGUGUUGCAACUGUUAUUUUGCACAGAGCAACAGGGGUGGCAGGAAUCAGAGAAGCGAAGACCGGCUUCACGCUUUUUCUCACAUUGCAUUUUUUUACAUAGCGCACGCACACACACAUUGCUAUUCACAAGAUAUCUCCAUGCCAAAUAUUAUGAAGCUGUUACCACAAUGUGGACUCCAAACAGAUUUUGGACGAUGCAUCGAUACAUUGCCCAGCCCUACACUGUAGUUUGUUAAGAGUUGCCAGGAAUUGUAACCUGGUAAGGGGUGAACUACAGUGCCCAGAAUCCUUUGAGAGAAGCAAUGUGCUUCAACUUUAAUGUUUAGCGUAUACACAGCCUUAGUGAGCCGAGGACCAGGCAAAUCCUGGGGGUUAGGCCCUAAACGGCUGGGGACUAAGUAUGGCAGCAGUUAGUCUAGUUAUGUGUGUUGCCCAAGUCAAAGAAUUUCCAUGAUUUCAAAACAACUGUAUUCUACUGGUGGAAGGAAGAAAUGAAGGGCUGUAAUACAGUGGCAGGGCAUCUGUGGAGAGCCGCUUGUCUGAUAAUCUGGAGAGACGCUUCCAGCCAGUAUAGAUGGUAUGACUUAGAAUGAGGAGCAUCUUAUGAUCAGAGAAUAAUUCCAGUGGUAAAUGUUAUACAGCCAAGUCGUGAUGGAUGACCUCAGGUGUUGUGUUAACAGGUGUUAUUAACCUUUGUAGCUAUUACCACACAAGUGUAUAUAGUUAAGAAAAACUCCAGCAGCAUUGCACUUAUAUAUAUAUUUACUUUACCUAUCAUUUUAAGUCUGUAUUUUCACCCAUUAUAAGGAUUAGAAAUGUUUGGGUUAUUUCCCCCUUCUAUCGUCCGAUGCGCCCUGUUUUUGUUGUAAGAAUUCCUGGCAGUUUAACACCCACCCCCCUCAUUGCACAGAAAUCUGGCAGUGCUGACAACCUUGCAAAGAAGUUUAGGAAGGCUUGACUUCAAAUGCUUUGCCAUUAUGUCUCUGGGCUGAUCCAAAGCUUGCUGAAACUGAGUAGGCAGCUUCAGUGCUGACUUCAUUGUAUUGGUGCCAAUCUGAAGGCUGUAGUUCUGAGUCAGGCACCCAAAUAAUGACAUUGAAACAAAUGUUAAUGUGUUGCUAUUUAAAAGCAUGUAUUUUUCGCUAAACCUUUAGGGCUAAUUUUUCCAACCUUUUAGAGCGACGAGAGAGAAAAGAUGACUAUGUCGCAUGACUAUGGCCACAUUUUCAUGUUAUUUUUAAAAUGGGUACCCGUAUUUCUGCACAUAGAGAGCUUGAUGUAAUCUGUCAGUGGGACAUUUCAGAAGUUGAGAAACACGUGUAACAUACAGGCAUACUAAUCAAAGAGUUGGAAAACCUAAGGAUUGAAGCAACAGCAUGCUUGGACAGUGGUCUCAAGGCCAAGGAUAAUAAUCCUGUGUACCACGAUCAAUUUGACUGGAGUCACCAUUAGUCUGGAGAAGGUGCAUCACGACUUUUCUCCCAGCUCUGCAUUGCCAUGGAAUAGAUACACACAACCAUCUCAUCCCUAUAGAAGCUUCCACAAUGGUCCGUGAGAUAACGGAGGAUCUUGGUGAUGCCACUCACUUCCUGCCUUGCCACUGUUAACGCUUUUGUUCAUUGCUCAUUCCUGCCUCAACAUCCCCCCCCCCCAACACUCAGCUUUUGUACCCAUUGUAGCAAGGAUUACUCAUAGUAUAGAUGUACAGUGGUAACUCGGGUUAAGUACUUAAUUCGUUCUGGAGGUCCGUUCUUAACCUGAAGCACCACUUUAGCUAAUGGGGCCUCCCGCUGCCACCGCGCCGCAGGAGCCCAAUUUCUGUUCUUAUCCUGAAGCAAAGUUCUUAACCUGAAGCACUAUUUCUGGGUUAGCGGAGUGUGUAACCUGAAGCGUAUGUAACCUGAAGUGUAUAUAACCCGAGGUACCACUGUACUCUAAAGCUAUUUGCAUGCUUAGAGGAAGAUGCUGCACCUCACCACCCAGAAUUACCUACUCUUCAGGAGCCUUAAAUUUUAGUCCCUUACAUUGCCAUGAUUUCAUACCUUUUCCUAAUGGUCACAACCCAGCUGGCUAAGGGUAACUUUUGAGAAUAUAUAUUUUUAAAAAUUCAGUUAGUUUAUAGAUAUUGGAAUCAUAGAUUAAAACAAAAGAUUGAUAGAUUUCCCCCUUGGAAAUUCAUCACAAGGUAGCAAAAUAACCCAAUGGCAAAUUCACUGUAGGCCUGGCUAGAUUCCCUUUGACCAGACAUUCAUAAACGUGUACUCAGGUGAGUUCGGAGCACGCAAUGAACAUAAACGCAGAGCCAUAUAACUGUGUUUCCUUAUUACCAAACUUCCUUAGUAGACAAAGCAUUUUUUUAAAAGAAAAAAUGUGGGUUGCCUCAUGUGCAUCUCUUGAAAGAUAAUACAUGUGUAGGCAAAGAACCAUGAUGGGCAAUAGGCUUCUAAAACGUCCUCACCCAACAUAUUUACAUUUACGCAUGCAGUGCUGUGGUAAGAUUAAAUAACACAAUACUUAGUGCAUCAUAUAAUUGAUUAAAUGGCUCCAGAGUGCUAGGUCAGUGGAAUAAGCAAGCUGCAAUCCUGUAGUCAUUUCACCUAGCUGUUGUUGUUGGCAUACAUCUGUCUUGAGAAACAAUGGAAUGUGCCUCCAGGGCAGAAGGUGAGGUCAGACCUAUGGAGAAUCACAGUGCAUGCUGUGGCUGCAGAGACUGAUAACUUGUAACUACUGCCUGCCAUGCAAGUCUGGGCAGUGUGCAUGGAGGUCCUAGGCUGUCUGGAUGAGAAGACCUUCUUGGCCUCACCGUUGUGGUCCAAAGGAAAGCAAAGCAAUAUGUUUGACAUCAGCUUGGCUGCAGGAGUUGCUGGAAGGAGGCGUACAAGACACUCUCCAACUGUCUUAGGAACUCCACUCCAGAUUUGUGUGGGUUUUUACUUCUUAGCCUUUUCUUCUCCCGAAGAUGUCCUGCAAGGCGGUAAACCCCAUUGAACUCAAUAGCAUUUAUUUCUGAGUAAACAUGAAUUGUAUUGUUCAUACACCCAAAAUUUGCCAGCAUGCCAUAGUGUAUGAAUGCAGCAGAAGGACAAAUCAAAAUUUACUUAGGUCAAAAAUUCUUAGAUUUCAAUUGUUUUCAAGUUGCAGGUUUUAAUUGUUUCCAUCAGUUGCUGGAAAUACAGUGGUACCUCUAGUUGCGGACUUAAUCCGUUUCAGAGUGCAGUUCGCACCCCGAAAAGUCCACAACUAGAGCACCUCUUCUGCGCAUGUGCGUGGCGUGAUCGAGCGCUUCUGCGCGAAGCACAGAGAUCGCUUUUGCGCAUGUGGCGAACCCGGAAGUAAACACUUCCGGGUUUGCUGCGUUCUUAAGCUGAAAGUCCGUAACGAGCGGAACGCAACACGAAGUAUGAGUGUUAUGAAAUCAGAGUAGACUGAUUUUUAAUUUUUUUUGAGUGAUACAUAUGCUGAGAACAAAUAGAGGUAUGAGUGUUAUGAAAUCAGAGUAGACUGAUUUUUAAUUUUUUUUGAGUGAUACAUAUGCUGAGAACAUUCAAAUACUCAGUGGAUUUAUUUGGUUGUUAUAUUUGUUAGUCCCUCCCUACCCCCAAAUGAAACUCCCAAGUGACUUACAAAAAACAAAUUAAAUGAAUUAAAACAACUUGUGACCUUGUUAAUUUAUUUAUUUAACACACUUGUAUACCACACUUCCUAAUACUAUAUCAGGCUGGUGAACAGCAAAUAAGAAAACAAUUCAAGGAAAUGACAGAUAAAGUCUUAAAGCAGAUUAAAUUUGCUUAAUACUAGCUCCGAUGCUAUAUAUUCUGAUAACUACUGAUUUACUUGACUAUUGAAUUUUCCUCAAGCCAUGUCAUAAUUUAUGUACUUGAUUUAAUAAUAUGUGGUGUGCACCACAUACGUUUUGAGGAUUUGCUGAGUAUUCUCAUUCACUGUAGCUGUAAUUGUGUCAAUGUUAUUGAAACAAUUUCAGUUACAUUUUAACUUUAAUUUUCCUCCCGUAAUUAUUUAUUCAGGACAAAAUGGAUCACAAACAAGCUUCAGGAUUGUUUGUUAAAUACACCCUUGACUUUUUAUACAGAAGCCUCAGAGAUUAGCUACAGAUUAACUAAGGAACUUUCUUCAGGCAUACGAGAUGCUCUAGGCAUCCCUGGAAAUCUUUAUUGAGCCCAGCAGCACACACAGGUUUAUUGAUCAAUAUUAUCCAGAACUUUAAUUGGUGCCCUUUCCGUAUGUACUAAAACAACAACUGGCCAGCACUUUGCCUGUGUGUAUGUAAUCCUGAAUAGGGUUUAUAGACUUUGGCUCCAAGAUUUAAAUAGUAUUGCGAGGAAAUUUAUUCAAAUCAUGCAGAGUUCUCGUUAUGUAAGGUUUCACCUCAUUUUAUUGCCACAAACAUCAAAUUUUGAUCGUGUCUGAAACUGAGGCUGAGAAAUAAUGAUUUGCCCAAGGCUCCCCUCGAAGCAUGAUUCAGAUGGGAGGAAAAUAUGGGCCUGAAAUCAAUUGGCCUAUGCUGGCUCUCAGGAAUGAUACGGAUCCUUUAUGCUACCAGUUACUAAGGUUGUGCAUUUGCUUUGGACCAAGCACAAGGCUAUGCUUCAGAGACAUUCAGCUUGCCUCUAAAUUCAAAGUAACUUGGGUCCAAAGUUGCCCAGGAUGACGUGGGCAGGUUCUUUGGCUUCAGAACCAUUCUGGAGCUUGAGACUGAUGUUUCUUCCCCACCAUGUGCAAUUUUAUGCAUUCUUGUAGGCGCCCAACCCCAAAAUACAUGGAAUGUCAGGGAAAGUGAAGGAAAAGAGGGUCUAAAUUAAUGAUAUAUUAAUAUCCACAGCGUGCCAGCAUGUAUUACACCAAUGUAUUAACAGGUUUCUUUCUAAUUUUAAUUUCCAUCUAUUAUUUCAGGGAUUGCUAACUAGUCUUCAUACUGUCCAGUUUUCUAGAAUUAGUAUGUUUUAAGAUCUUGGUUACGUGUGUGUGUGUGUGUGUGUGUGUGUGUGUUUUAAGGCAACGGUUGGAGCUGUUAAAAAUCUCACAGGCUCCCAUAAACAAUGUGAGCUUACUCAGGAUUCUUGCAGUUUAUCUUCCCCUGUGAAGGAAAACAGUGUUAGCCAUGCAUGCGUAAUCUCUGCAGGAAAUCAAUCAUUGCUGCGCUUUUAUCUUUCGCUUAUUUUAAACUGGGCUCCCUUUGCUAAAGGUUGUGCAAACUUCAUUUAUGUAAUGACGUUCUUUUUCCCCAGAUGGCUGCCUUGUUGCAAUUAUUUUUUUCCUAAUCUACGGUUAUUAUAACAUCACAGUGAUGCAAUAACCUGAACAAUGAAAUGUUUUGUUGAGGGCUGUUGCAUAAAAAAACAUUAAGCAACAGAUCUGACUCAUCAGCUUACAGAAUCUUCUUGAUGACCUUGCUAUCAGGUGCACAGCCUUUUGUGUGAGAGAAACCCUUUGGGUCUUCGGGUGAAGCUUCAAAUGAUUUUAAACCAUUAAUACUUUUAGUUUGAACGUCACAAAUUUAUCAAGUGAAAAACUUGCUACUUUAAUCAGCACUGGUAGCCGAAAGCUAUGGUGUGGAGAACACCAAGGUUGCAGGUUUGAUACUCAUACAGUGGUACCUCGGGUUAAGUACUUAAUUCGUUCCGGAGGUCCGUUCUUAACCUGAAACAGUUCUUAACCUGAAGCACCACUUUAGCUAAUGGGGCCUCCUGCUGCCGCCGUGCUGCCAGAGCACAAUUUCUGUUCCCAUCCUGAAGCAAAGUUCUUAACCCAAGGUACUAUUUCUGGGUUAGCGGAGUCUGUAACCUGAAGCAUAUGUAACCUGAGGUACCACUGUAUAGGAUAGCUGCAUAUUCCUGCUUUCUAAUGGGUUUGGACUGGAAGAUCCUUAGGGUCCCAUCCAACUCUAUGAUUCUAUGAUUCUAAGUAAAAAGCAAUAGAAAUUACAUUUUAUUUUUAUUUAGAAAAUUUGCAAUAAUAGUCUUCUGAGUCCCUCCUUCAUGUGCUUCCUCCUCGAGAGGCCUGGAGGGUGGCAACACGAGAACGGGGCCUUCUCUGCAGUGGCUCCCUGUCUGUGGAAUGUUCUCCCCAGGGAAGUUCGCCUGGUGCCUUCAUUACAUACCUUUAGGUGCCAGGUAAAAAUCUUCCUUUUUAACCAGGCCUUUGGUUGUCCUGAUCAACAUCCUAUACCCUUUUAAAAUGCAGCUCUUUUUUUAGGGUGGGUGUUAUUGGGUUACUGUUUUUAUUUUGAUUUUAUAUAUUGUGCUCUUUUCUGUGAACUGCCCUGAGACCUCCAGGUAUAGGGCAGUAUAUAAGUUCAAUGAAUGAAUGAUAAAUAAAUAAAUAACCAGGGCAGCCUAUGGCGCCAUCCCCCGCCCCUUGCAGCCCUUAUUCUGCCUUCCCAAAGCUAGGUAAGGAAGGUGUUGGACUUUGGGGCCUCCUGUCUUCUUCCCAAGGCAGGGCUCUAGGACCCUGUUUCGCUCCCCGACCCCCUGCACAAGGCAGUGUGCGGCCCAUGGGUUCGGUGUCAAAGUACUCUUGUGGCCCACUUGGCAUGAGAAGUUGGACUGCCCAAACUGUACUUUCAUUGUUCUUUGCCCAAAUUAGCACUGAAUUAAUGUUUAGCAUAUUAUGUAAGAGACCUUUGAUCUGGGAAAUGGUCCUUUUGACAACCCCUGACUUGGGAGAGGAUUAUAUUAUGAAAUACAGUGGUACCUCGGGUUAAGUACUUAAUUCGUUCCAGAGGUCCAUUCUUAACCUGAAACUGUUCUUAACCUGCAGCACCACUUUAGCUAAUGGGGCCUCCUGCUGCCGCCGUGCUGCCAGAGCACAAUUUCUGUUCUCAUCCUGAAGCAAAGUUCUUAACCCGAAGUAAUAUUUCUUGGUUAGCGGAGUCUGUAACCUGAAGUGCAUGUAACCUGAAGGGUAUGUAACCCGAGGUACCACUGUACAGUGCCAGUUAUAUCCAUUGAUGGAAAUGAGUGACUAUUAGCACAAAAUGAGUCUGUGAAUUUGUAAAGAGCGGUGUUAUGUGAGAUUUUUAGUUACAUGACAAUCAAGUGGUCCCAUCUCACAACAGGCUAUAGAACUGGCCUUUGGACAGUAGAAUUUGUGAUCAGUAAGUCUGAUUGCUGCUGUCUUAACUCCUUAUCAGGUAGAUUUCACCUGCAGUCAACAAUAAAUCAAUCUGAACCACCAUUUUAACUUUCUAUAGAUUAGCCCAAUGGAUUAACUGGAAAGCUGUGGAAUUGCCCAGCAUAUAUUUGCAUUUUAAGUUACCCAAAUGAAAUUCUGGGAGCUGCAAUUCUUGAUGUAGUUUUGUAUGACUUGCAGAAGUCAAUAGAGUUUCUUGGCCUACUUAAAUUAAACAUAUGGUACACAGUAGUGCUAUUUAGAAGGGAUGUAAAUAGGUUAAAGCAAAAAGACAGGUCCUUAGAUUUGCAAGUAUUAUUGUUCUUUUAUUAUUUAUUAAAUUUGUAUUAAAUCAGUGGCAUCGGUGACCUCAGUGUGGUCAUUUGAGAGUACACUAAUUAAUCCACCAGGGGCUGCUUCCACACAAACACCAUAGAAAUCAACUGGAACUAUGAAAUCAGUAGCUGAGGCAUUGUGCUAAGGAUAGCCUUUUGAGCAGAUGGAAAUAUACAAAGCUAAGCCAGAAGUGAGCCAUUUGUUUUAAAUAGAAUAGAAACUUUAUUUGAGGAUCAGCUCUAAAAUUCCAUUAUCCUUUCACCUGCUCUCAAGGAGAAAAACAACAAAGAGGAACUUUCAUUAGAAGGAGCCCAAACUAUUUUAUGAGUGAAAAAAUGCCAAAUAACCAUAGGAAAAUAAAAUGAGAAAAAUUCAAUACUCUCUCUCUGUGUGUGUGUGUGUGUGUGUGUGUGAGAGAGAGAGAGAGAGAGAGAGAGAGAGACAGAGAGAGAGAGAAUUACGCAACAGUUGUUCCAUUGCAUUCUUUGAAACAAUAUAAUGUAAGUGAUGUGAAAACUGCCUUUUAAGACCAUCCUGAUCUGAAAAUAGUGAUAAUUUGUGUGAUUUAUCUUUGGAAAGUAUAUUUGUUAUUAAUUAAUUUGUAAUUAUCAGAACAAACAAUAACUGUACUCCUCAUUCAUGGUGACAAUUACAUCACUUUCCAGUUUUUCCUCUGGGAGAAACAGAAAUAUUGCAGCACUGCAUGUAGCUCAUAUGCUUAAGAAUUCCUUUGUGAAUGUGAUUUUCUAACACAUAUUAAGUAGAUGACAUUUUCUUCUAAGGUUUUCCUCUUUAUUUUAUUUUCAUAGCUUGUAUGGAGAAGUAAACUCUUGCAUAUGUGUGUUACCGACCUACAAUUUAAUUAUAUGCUGACCCUAUAACCUCUGAACACUCCUGACACCUUUUGACGUGUGAGUGGUGUAACCUCAGCAGCGAAGGACCUUAUAAAAUCAGGGACUCGGGCUCAUCCAAACUUCCAUUUGUCCUAUGCUUACUAGGGAUGGCUCCAAGUGGUUUUUAUUUUCUCCUGCCUCUUUCUCUGGGAAAACCCGCUGUUUACUGCUGAAUUUAUACAAACAUCAAUCUGCCUAGAAAGCACGGGGAAAUGGAAGUGUGGCUUAGCCCUCAAUCAUAAAAUGAUGGCUGCAUUUGUAUGCCUUCCAAUAACAAAAUGAAACUCUGCAUUGUAACAUAAAACAUUGCAUUUCCAAUGUGGCCACUUCAAAGUCUAAAUUCUGUAGAAUUUAACUUAAAGUUACAGACCUGUUGCACCAGGCUUCCCUAGCAAGUAGUCUUUUGGUUACAUAGAGUUUAUCUUGUUAAUAGCUGGUUGUAUCUCUGUUCCAGCUUUUGUCCCCACUUCCAUAUUAGGCAUGAUAAUUCUCUUAUCCACAUUUCUUUGCUCGGCUUGCAAUCUCACUUCUAAAGCAGUGUACUCAGCUUUUUCUCCCAGUUUAUCUGAAAAACAGGAAUGGCGGUGUUUCUCCUUUUUCUGAAAAAUGUAGAAAUCAUAUUAAUGAUAAUGUUAUCACUUGCAUAGUAAUAAUAAUAAUAAUAUAAUAAUAAUUUAUUAUUUGUACCCCGCUCAUCUGGCUGGGUUUCCCCAGCCACUCUGGGCGGCUUCCACAGAGACCAAAAAUACACUAAAACGUCACACAUUAAAAACUUCCCUGAACAGGGCUGCCUUAAUAGCAUUUUUUUUUUUUUUUUAAGAAUAGCUCAUCACAGGGUUAUUAGAAUGAUGGACUCGGUAAGAAUGAAAAAGCUUAUAAGUCUACUUAUUAAGCCGUCUUAUUGAGUCCAUCAUCCUAAUAGCCCUGUAAUGGCAACUUUAGUUCUAUUUAACAGAUGGGCAACUGAGGCUGAGAUGUUCUGCAAACCCGAAUUUGUGUUCAGUGUGAAUAGUCAAAAUAGGUGAUAACACUCUCAGUUCAGCCAGCUGAGAUAAUACAGUCGUACCUUGGAAGCCAAAUGGAAUCCUUUCGACUUCAAAACUUUCGAAAACCAAAGCACGGCUUCUGAUUAGCUGCAGGAAGCUCCUGCAGCCAAUUGGAAGCCGCGGCAGCCCCAUCGGACAUUCAGGUUCCAAUUAUAGUUUGCAAACCGGAACAGUGACUUCCGGGUUUGCAAUGUUCGGGAGCCAAAACGUUCGGGAACUAAGCUGUUUGACUUCCAAGGUACGACUGUAAUUGUCUUGAACACAAGAACAAUGGAAAUUUAAUUUUGUUGAUUUAAAAUGGGUCCUGAAGUACUGUCAUGAUAAUGGUUGUAACUCUGACUUGAAAUAUAAACAGCACUUUACAAGGCACUUAUUCUUGAGAAAAUGUUAACACCUGAUGUUAGAAGGCUGAAGAGCAAUAAAUUUCCCAAAAGUAGUGCAGCUAAGUCAUCAGCUCAGUUUAAAGGGAUAGAAUAGAAUCGAAGAGUUGGAAGGGACCACGAGGUUCACCAAGUCCAACCUCCUGCCAUACAGGAAUCUUUUUGCCCAGUGUGGCGCUCAAACCUACAACCCUGAGAUUAAGAGUCUCCAUGCUCUACCAACUGUAAUAUAAAGAGUCUCUAAAAUGGUGUGACUUCUGUCCUAUAAAGUGUGGAGCUUGGAACUGAAGAAUAGCCAACUAAAACAACUUUGUUAGCUCCUUUGAUGUUAAUUGAAACUGUUCACAUGCUUAGAACCAGAUCUCUGUGUUUUGCUCCUUAGAAGUGAAAAUUUUGUGUGUUGUGCAGGAAUUAGUAAAGGCUGCAAGGUCAGCUCUGUCAAUAGAAUCCAUUAGAAACUUUCUUACUGCUUGGGUAUUUAUCAGCGUUGGUCUUGGGAAGUCACUUCUAAGUGUUAUAUAAUAAUAAUAAUCUGAUCCUUCCCACAACCGAUUCAAGUGAAAAUAAUACAUAAUAGCAAUCCUAUACUCAGAGGUAAGCCCCACUGGGUUCAAUGAGGCUUAUUUUAAGAUAAGUGAGUAUAGGAUUACAGUCUAAUUGUGCUUGUGGUGGAAGCAGGGAGGACAAGAGAGGUGUCGACAUAUUCAAAGCUGGGAUGUUGAUAAGCUGCAACUAUAUUGUUGCAAAAGAGAGCAUACAGUGGUGCCUCGCAAGACGAAAUUAAUCCGUUCCGCGAGUCUCUUUGUCUUGCGGUUUUUUCGUCUUGCGAAGCACGGCUAUUAGCGGCUUAGCGGCUAUUAGCGGCUUAGCGGCUAUUAAUGGCUUAGCGGCUUUAAGAAAAAGGAAACAAGCUCGCAAGAACUCGCAAGACAUUUCAUCUUGCGAAGCAAGCCCAUAGGGAAAUUCGUCUUGCGGAACGACUCAAAAAACGGAAAACUCUUUCGUCUUGCGCGUUUUUCGUCUUGCGAGGCAUUCGUCUUGCGAGGUACCACUGUAGUUGGUUCCCAAAGGCCAAUCCUUUUACAGCUCUUUGGCAUCCCCCUCCUGAGAUCGAACCAGGCCCCUACUCAAAUACUUACCGAGUCACAAUCAGGCCAUUGCCAUAUUAAAAAAAUAGGCAUUAGUAGUAUAAAUCUGUGGUUACAAUUGUAUAAUGAAGCAGACAGUGCUGUGUAUUGAUUGUUUCAUUGGCACACAACAUGCUACAAAACAACUUUCAAAGUGUUUAUAAAAGCACCUGAAAUUUCAAGAGUGACUAAUGUAAGGCAGCAUUCAAAGUUGGUUUUAGACUCCCCCCCCGGCCUUUUUUUUUGAGGGAGGGAGUGAUAAAAUAGUUGCAAGAUUAAUCAUAGGGGGAAAGGGCUGAAUUUGAAAUACAGUAGGAGUCAUGACCGUACAUACUAAUACUUUCCAGAGAAAUUAUAAUAGCCAAAGUAAAAUUAGCUUGUUUUUAUUAAAUGCAUUUUGAUCCUAUUGUCAGAUGAAAUUUUGACUCACACACAUAGCGUGACUAACAAAUAGUCACAUGUCUUUUCCAUUUGGAUAAAUGCUGGCUUAACAAACUGUUCAAGGGAGCUAUCGAUAAGGCUAUUGUAGCUUUGCCUGUGUUUGGUGGAUUUACCAUUAGCAUGUCAUAUAGAAUAGGGACCCUUUUAAAAGGCAUUGUGUGAGAAACAAAACCACUUAAGCUCUGUGGCUAGUGUAAAUAUUAGUUUUGUUAGCAGAAAUUAAACCGUGUUAGCCUCAAGAAUAUUUUUCUCAUUGAGGAAGGAAAUCGCACCUCACCCUUCUGUCAAUUAUUUUUGGGUGAAGGUCCAGGGGAACAAAAGAAAACCCCUCUCUUUGAAAUAAAGAAUGCAGUGUAGAGCCUAAAUCUACAAAACAGUGUGGACCAUUGGUUUCUGUAUCACCAUAAUGAUAAUGCUUGAGUUCCCCUUAUAAUUACUAGAUAUUCCACACAUUGCUUCAGUCUAAUAACCUCAAGGGACAUGCUAGCUGGACCCCCACAUCCUUGGGGCUUCAAGGGGACAUUAUGCUGGAUGCCAUGGCAGUUAGAGUACCGUAUUUUUCGCCCUAUAGGACGCACUUUUUCCCCUCCAAAAAUGAAGGCUUUUGCUGAAGCUUGGAGAGUGAGAGGGGUCGGUGUGCACCGACCCCUCUCGCUCUCCAGGCUUCAGGAAGCUAUCAGCAAGCCUGGGGAGCCUGCAGGAGUUCCUGCAGGGCUCCCUACGCUGCGGAUAGCAGCCUGCUGCACGGAGCGCGGGGUGCGCUGAAGCAGAGCGCCCCGCGCUUCGGGCAGACAUCAGUCAGCCCCACAAGCUCGGGGGACAGCGGGGAGGCGCAGCGCCGCCAUCCCGCUGUUCCUCGACCUGGUUUGGAGGCUGGCGCUGGGGAGAAUUUCACUUGAAGUAACAUUUCACUUUAAGUAACCCAAGAGCCUGCCAUUCCCAUACCUCUAUGAGCAGAGUUGCUCCUGUUCCUUGCAAACAGUUGCAUGCCAGAGUCCUAAGGUAGUGCCAAGCUGUUGGAUCCUGUAAUAUGUACUGUGGAAGGGCCUUCAAUUAGAGGGAUUGGCAUGUCAAUGCAUUUGGUACAGCUGUAAAGGUAAAAAGGUAAAGGACCCCUCGACAGUCAAGUCCAAUCAAAGGUGACUAUGGGGUUGCGGCGCUCAUCUCGCUUUCAGGCCGAGGUAGCCGGCGUUUGUCCACAGACAGCUUUCCGGGUCAUGUGGCCAGCAGGACGUAAACCACUUCUGGCACAACGAGACACCGUGACAUAAGCCAGAGUGCAUGGAAAUGCCGUUUACCUUCCGCCACAGCGAUACCUAUUUAUUUUUGAACUGCUAGGUUGGCAGAAGCUGGGACAGAGCAACGGGAGUUCACUCUGUCACGAGGAUUCGAACACCGGCGGUGACCUUCCAAUCGGCAAGCCUAAGAGACCCAGUGGUUUAGACCAAGAGGCUCAGUGGUUUAGUGCAGAGCUGUAGUGCACCAAUGGCAAAAACACCCUGUGGGAGGGGGAGAGACUACUUUGGCCUGCUUCAUAUUCUGUUGCAUCCUUAGACUGUUUUCCUUGACUAAUAGCUUAUAUAUUUAUUCCCAUUUUGAGUAGAUUUUUAGGUAUGGAAAAACCUGCAUUAGAAUAACUUUUGUCAUUUGGACACAAUGUCAAACGUUGUUGUUAGACGAAUAUUAUUUCACUAAUUACUUAACAGUCUUGUCAUUUAUUGAGUGAGCCAACCUGAGUUAAUACAUUGCAUUCAUUUCCCUUUGGUAUGAAUUGCAGAUGAGAUUAUUUAUGCCUCAAAUGUUGCUCCAUCUGGUGAAACUGAGAAUAGAAACAUUGAAAUAGGAGCUUUUAAAGUUACCAAAUAUAGAAGUAUUAUGUGGUUACAAUACCAGAAAAGGCUGGUCCCCUUUAAUAGUGUUUUGGAUGUGGAUUUGAGAACCUAGGCUUCAAAUCUAAGGUUGACUACAAACUCAUGAGUGGUCUUUGAUAUAUUGCAGAACCUACCUCAAAUUUAAUUUGAAAAUGAGAAUAAUUAUUACAUAGUUUAUAUAGGGAUGCAUUAAAAAAGGACUUCAAGCCACUUCAGACUUUGACAAUUCAUUUUGAAACAUUUGCUCUGACUUAGCAGUUGCACUGCCAUUAUAACAUCCUUGCAAUACCAACAAGAUUUAAUGUUUUUCCUUUUUAAAAUGAUGUUGGUGGACAAAUUGGGAGAUGUCUUCCUAGGAAUUUUUUUGCUGAUGUUGCAUGUCUUAGCUAUAAAAGUACUAUGUAAAUAAUUUAUAAUGGCUAUCUUUAGAAAGAUCUCUUAAGUUACUGUAGCUGUAAAUUGCUACUGCAGUGUUUUCAGAUCAAGGAAGCAGGCUUAAAAAUAAAAUAAAAUCAAUGGUUUAUCACCCCCACCACCAUCUGGUAAAAAAGGUGCACUAGAGCCUGCUCUGCAUAACUGACACCAGCCAUUCUGAUAUGAAUUAAUUUGAUAAAUUAAUAUGAAGCAUACUUUUAGCUUGUGAAUGAGACCUGGUAAAUUAGGUUUCAUGCGGGCAUCAAACUUGAUAUAGUUCUCUGCAUACUUUUAAAAAAUGUACAUGGCUUUCCAAACUGAUAUUUAACUUUCCUCUGUCACCAGUACAAUCUUUCAAAGCAACCAAAGUUUCAAAGCAGCUCUUGUACACCGACCACAAAAGAAAGAACUAACAAAAAUAGCAUUUAUUUAGGAGAGCGGAACAUAAAUUUGGACAAAUAAAAAGGAACAGAAAAUAGUACUCCAUCUAGCAUACUGACUUAUUUCAUAUUUUAGAUUCCCUGAACUUGUGUAAAAUACCUAGGACAGAAGUCUUACUUGUGCAGUUUUUAGCCUUUUUCCUUCUUCCUUCCUCCAUCCUUUGUAUUUAAUACCUUUGUAACGAGUGUGAUCACUGGAGUUCCACUCAUGCUGGAGAAAGGGAGCAGGGAGGUAUUUCUGUUGAUCCAUCCCAAUGCAGACCCCUGUAAAACUGCCCUGGAGGAUUGUGGGAUUCUCUAGAUCACCCUGGGAGCUUUUCCUUGGGUCCCAGGGAGGGAAUCAACUCUCUCUCCUUCUUCCAGCAGAGAGUCUCUGCUAGAUUUUGAUUCCCUCUACAAAUGAAAAGAGCUCAUCUUCCGCUCUAGGAGAGAGACUGUGGGAUCAAACCCAAUAUUAGUUCAUUGUUCAAUGGAAAACAUCAGAGUAGAAUGCAAUUCCAUACAGAAAUGGGAUAGCAUUACAUAUUAAAAGGACUUUGCCAAGUAAUGUGGAGUUGACUGAAUGAAGGAAACUGGCUCAACAGGGAUACUGGAGGCACACAAAGAUUUUCUAGAAACACUGGAAACUGCUUUUAUACCAAGUCAGAGCAUUAAUGCAUAUAGCUGAGUAGACUCUACUCUGACUGGCAGUGCCUCUCCAGAGAUUAGACAGGAGUUUUCUCCAGCCCCACCAGAGAAUGAAUCUGCAAAACAUAUGCCCACAGCUCUUACCACACAGCAAAUGGCUGUGUAUGCUUAUGGUGAAGGUGGAGAAAUCUGAACUCUGUUGUACCUUCCACCAUGGGACGUAGCCACAAAUUUUGUUGGGGGGCAGGCUUUUGUUAGGGAGGGCAGAACCUCAGAUUUGCAUUUAUUUCGAUUGGUUAUUUGGGGGGGCAGCUGCCCCCCAGCCCUCCUUGGCUAUGCCUUCCACACUCAGGUACAACACCCGCACAGGAGAAGAUCAUACCCUUUGUUAUGCAGACUCCAGAAUUAACAGCUGAAACUUAUAAAAAGCAAAGCCUUCUUUCUGACUCUUGGCAGGGGACCACGAUGACUGUAUUCAUGGAAAUGAUGACAAGCAAACUGACUCCUGCUCGCCCAGCUAUGCACACUUGCUCACUUGUUAGGAACUUUGAUGUGUAUUGAUGUUACAGACCCAUACGAGGCAGAAUCAGUCACCAGCAAUCCAUUUAAAGUUUUCCAGUGAAAAGUGAAGUAAUUUCAGAAUCAGGAGCAUAGUAGGGAAAGUGACUAACUAAAAUCUGCAAAACAGAAAGGAUUUUCUGGAAUUCAUGGUGAUUAUCAGUACGCUGUCUUCCUUACGUCUCGCCUAUUACUUAUAUGCUCGGUGGUUGGAGGUGCUACUGUGGUCUUAGCUAUUCUUUCCUCCCCUCGCCUUCCCGUGCACUGUGGUGCUGCAGAUAACAAUUGCUGCUCCACACCUUGUGAGUUUUUAAUUUUUAAGCAACCCACAAUAUGAUAGCUAACCAUGUCAUUGAUGUUACAUGUUGUUAGGCCCAUAGUUUGCACAAAGAGCUGGCUUCUAUGAGUUAAUUAUAGCUGCUUCUGAGUGAAAAUCUGUCCCAUCCCACCACUCCUCUGGCCCAAAGGUGAUAUGAAAGUCAGGCAAGGAAAAUAUAGUUAGGCUAUACUGACCUAUAUAUCAGUAAUCCGUAUGUCGCUAUUCUUUUGGAUGGAAAAUGAGAAAGAGUAAACAAUACAGAUUAAAUUCAAGUGAGUCAUAGUUACACAUUCCAGUUUGUGGUAUGGCAUGAGGUGUUUUACACAGCAGUAAAAAAUCUACUUGCUGAAGCUAAGUUGAUCUAGGUCUUAGCAAUACUUGGGUGGGAGAUAGCCUGGGAAAGUAUACCAAGAUGGAAUCAUAGAAUCUUAAGAGUUAGAAGGGACCCAAGAGUCAUCUAGUCCAACCCCCUGCAAUGCAGGAAUCCCAGCUACAGCAUCCAUGACAGAUGUCAAUCCAACCUCUGCUUAAAAACCCCCAAGGAAGGAGAGGAAGAAAUGCAAGAUAUUAAAUGUAUAAUUAAUUAAUAGUAACAAAUCACUAGAAGUGAAUGUGGUUAGAGCUUAUAUACUUUCCCAUUAACAUUAUCUUAAUUCUUUUAAGGUAUGCAAGUACUAUAUACCUGUUUAUCUGUUUAUUAAGAUAUGCCCAAUAUGGUAAAGCCAUUCAGUGAUUUAUGACUUGAGCUUUCUUUCCUGAAUGAAUAACUAAAAGAUACUUUGAAUAAUAUUCACACAUACAUUUUAAAGACUGUAAAAUCAAGAAACUAAUCAUUAUUAUUAUUCUUUUGUAUGCCACAGGUGUUUUCCGAAGAUUGUAGGCUGAACCUACCCAGAAGCAAUUUUUACCAAGACGACAUGAUGCUUGAGAUGAUGGAACAAAUGGGAGAAUGCUUAUGGAUUUAAAAUUACUGUAUUUAUCCAGUUGUUACGGUUCAAGAAGUCCUAGAAGAUUAAUUUAUCCUGUUACUAUUUGCACACCUACUAAAAAUUGCUUCUGAUGCAGCUGAGAAAAAUGCAGUCCAUUAAAACAGAACAGGCACCCGCUGAUACAAGUAGCAAUGUGGACAAAAUUAUGGCACUUAGUUCUACAUUAGGAGAUGUAUCUGAUGACCUAGCUACUGGCGAUGAAAUGCUACUCAGUGAAGGAGGCAUUGCAAAAAACAAGUCUUCAGCAUGCCGGAGAAAGCGGGAAUUCAUUCCUGAUGAAAAGAAAGAUGCCAUGUAUUGGGAAAAACGGCGGAAAAAUAAUGAAGCUGCCAAAAGGUCUCGUGAAAAGCGGCGGCUAAACGACCUUGUAUUGGAGAACAAACUAAUUGCACUGGGAGAAGAAAAUGCCACUUUAAAAGCUGAGUUACUUUCACUGAAGCUAAAGUUUGGUUUAAUUAGCUCUUCAGCAUAUGCCCAAGAGGUUCAGAAGCUCAGCAAUUCAACAGCUGUUUAUUUUCAGGAGUAUCAGAAUGCCAAAUCAAGUAUUAACUCUUUCAUUGAUGAGCAUGAACCACCAAUGGUGGGCAGCAGUUGUAUAUCUGUCAUUAAGCACUCGCCACAAAGCUCUUUAUCCGAUGUGUCUGAAGUGUCAUCAGUAGAUCAUGCUCAAGUGAGCCCUAUACAAAAUAAUUGCAAAAAUCCUGAAAAUAAGUUCCAGCUCAUAAAGCAGGAGCCAAUGGAACUGGAAAACUAUGCAAGGGAUUCGCGAGAUGAAAGAGGCUCCUAUACAACAUCCAUGUACCCAAAUUUCAUGGGGAGCAACUUUAGUGGGUACUCACAUUCCCCUCCACUGUUGCAAGUUAACAGAUCCUCUAGUAAUUCUCCAAGAACUUCAGAGGCUGAUGACGGUGUUGUUGGAAAGUCAUCAGAUGGAGAAGAUGAGCAGCAGGUACCUAAAGGCCCAAUCCACUCUCCUGUUGAACUUAAAAGCAAUCAUGCCACAGUUAAAGUCCCAGAGGUGAGCUCUUCUGCACUGCCUCAUAAGCUUAGAAUUAAGGCUAAGGCCAUGCAGAUCAAAGUGGAAUCAUUGGAUAAUGACUAUGAUGCUACCCAGAAACUAACGUCACCAAUUGAUAUGUCAUCUAAAAGGCAUUUUGAACUCGAAAAGCACAAUGUGCAAAAUUUGGUACAUACUUCUCACACUCCUUUCUCUGUCCAAGUGACUAAUAUUCAAGACUGGUCUCUGAAACCAGAGCACUGGCACCAUCAAAAGGAAUUAACUGAAAAAAAUCAGAGUGGCUGCAAAACGGGAGCAGCUGACAUUAAAGACAAUUCCUACAAAGUGUCUGAGACAGAGAACUUGUAUUUGAAGCAGGGCAUAGCAAAUCUGUCUGCAGAAGUUGCUUCACUUAAAAGACUUAUAACUACACAACACAUGUCUGCUUCAGACUCUGGCUAAAUGACUACUGAAUAAAUGCUUAUUGUUUUAAAGGAUGUCAUUUGCAGUAGAUUGAUAUGUUUUGUAUUAUGCUGAAUUUUCACUGGACUUGUGAUGUCAUUUCACUGUAAUGUUCACAUGAUGUCUGAUGGUGUGUUUUCGUGCACAGAUGACUAUAAAGGCUAGAUUGUCAUGAUCACUAUGCCUUGUGUAUAGUUAAGUAGCCUGUGCAAAGGCUGUAUAUAGUGAACAUUAUUUUUCUGUCGUUCUGUUACUAUAAAGUGUGAAAGUUGCCAGUUCCAAUAAACAAUUGGUGACAAGCACAGAACUGGUAUGUCGUCGGUCCAUUUCCAUUAACAUGUCCUGAGAACCAUCUCCAUUAUCUUAGUUAUAGGUGUCUUGAUGUAUGUAUUAGUUAUAAGAGAGGAGUGUUUCCCUCCCACCCUGCCCGUGGCAAAGCCCUAUCCUCCCCUAUGCUCCUUGGGAAGUCUUUGAAAAUUAAAUGCCAUUUCUGACACAUAGAUAUGGGGAGAUGGUGGAAUAAUACUGGUUUUCCCACAGGGACUGGAUAACAACAACAACAACAACAAAAUAUUAUUUAUAUUCCACCCAUCUGGCUGGGUUUUCCCAGCCACUGUGGGUGGCUUCCAACAGAAUAUUAACAACAUGAUAAAAUAUCAAACAUUAAAAACUUCCCUAAACAGGGCUGCCUUCAGAUCUCUUCUGAAAGUCAGGUAGUUGUUUAUUUCCUUGACAUCUGAUGGGAAGGUGUUCCACAGGGCGGGCACAACCACCAAGAAGGCCCUCUGCCUGGAUCCCUGUAACUUCACUUCUCGCAGUGAAGGAACUGCCAGAAGGUCCUCGGAGCUGGACCUCAGUGUCUGGGCUGAACGAUGGGGCUGGAGAGAUGAAAGUAUACCUCGGUUAGCACCAACACUUUGAAUUGUGCUAAAACUGUCUGACAGAAUGGGUGCGACAAGAAACAAACUAUGUUCUCCAACCUAAGAGGUUUAGAGAUGCUCUUGUAGUCCAAGAAAAUGAAAAGCUGAAACCUGAAGCCUUUAGCAGGCAAAUAUUUUAGUCAUAGUUUUGUUUUAUUUUUAUUUCUGUUUUAUUAAAUUUGUAUCCCACCAUUCCAAAGAAGCCUGGCGUGGCAAACAACCAACAAUGAAAACAUCUUAGAAACAAUUGCAAUACAGAUGAGGACUUGGAAAAAUCUCAACUUAAAAGGCUUGUUGAAAGAGGUAGGUCUUGAGUAGGCACCAAAACGACAACAGAGAAGGCAGGGAAUUUCAAAGGGUAGGUACCACAAAACUAAAGACCCAAUUCCUUCACUGUGUGGAAAAGAUCUCCUGGUAAGAUGUUAUCUGUAGGAGGCCCUCACCUGCCAAGCACAGUUAUCAAUUGGGUAUUUCUUGUAAUGGAUGUUUUUUUUUUUUUUUUUUGCAGUCUUCAGUAGCUGCUAGUGGCUUAUUAAAACACCUUACUUAUAGAAGACAUCUUAUCUAUAUAGUAUGAUGUUGCUCUUUGUAUGUAUUUUAACCCCACUUUUGCAUUUAGACAUCUAUUCCUGCCUCCAAUAAAACUCAGUUAAUAUUUUUGUUUCACUUACCAAAUAUAGAUACUAGUAAUCCAUUUUGUUGUAAGAGAGGUUUGUUUUCUACAACCAAAGGAUUUAAUUCACUCAAGAACGACUUGUGGUCUUUGUCAUACAGUCUGUUGCAAACCUGUUUCAACAGGAACUUGACAUCAAAAUGAAUUCUUCAGAGCUUAUUAGAAUUCAUGUUCUAGUUACUUUGUUUAAUAGUCAGGGAUAGUCUGGCUUUUAAGAGCUACUGCAGUCUUCUGAAGCCAUAUUUUCCUUUCCUUAGAUGAUUUUCUGUUUCUUAAAUAAUAUACUGUAGAUUCUCCCCUGGUCCUCAAGUACACUUUCAUCUUAAGAGAACGUUGACAUGUCCUAUUGUAACAAAAAUAAUUUUCAAAUUCAUCUGACAUGAUGAUAAUGGAAAACAAAUCCAUAAGAAACCUGCCAUCUUUCCCCUUGGUUUCAUCUGUUAUGUAAAAAUAGGCAUGAUCUGUGGUGACUGACUAUAGCUUUUUCAUGUGAUCAGGUUAAUGUGGUAAGGGUAUAUCCACAUAGUGACUUAUACUAUCAAUCCCCACUAAUAACCUGUGCUAUCCCUUGAACUGCACUUUCUAGGGUUUAUAAGUUCCAGUGUUUCAUAAACUAAGUCCUGAAUGUGUUAGUAGUGGUUGCUGAAAGUUUUGGAUCUCCUUUUAUCUUAGGGGUGGGGAAGCUAUGGUUUUCCUGAGGAUGCUGGGCUCCCAUCAGGCGCAAGCAACUAUAAGGUCCGAGUGCAACACUCUUAACGAUUACGCCACACUGGCUCCCUUUAAAAAAUCUAUUAAUACCAUUCUGUCUCUCUUAUCAUUACCUGCCUAUUUCAGUGUCUUUCGAAAACCACACGUGAAUGGACCCUCCCAUUUUUAUUUGUUAACAUCCCAUCAAAGUUAGCACCAAGGGCUAUUUCACAUUGUAUUUCCACAUACAGAACUUUUGAUAUCUCCACAUAUCACUUCAUAUGCAAUGCAUUUCAGUGGAGUCAGUUCAUGCACUCACCCCCCAGUCCUCAAAGGUACAAUAGUCAAACAGGAAAUUCAGCGGAACAGAGAAGCACACAUCUACGUAUAUGUAAAUAUGGUACGAUGAUUCAAAAGACCACAAGCCCAACUUGAAAACAUAAUAGAAAACAGUAAGUGAUGAACCCAGAGUUUAGAAGUGAGUUUACAGAGUUUUAGUUUGGAAUUUCUAGGUUAAUCACAAGGCAAACCCAAACCUUUCUAAAUUUCAGGUUCAGUUCAGUUAGUUUGGCUCCUUGCCCUUUAACACUUAGCGGUGCUAGGUACAUUUUUGGUGGAAAAGACUGCUGCUCUGGCCUUCAUUAGUUUCUACAGCAACAAUGGUGGCUGUCAGGAUUGCUGAGCAUUAUGAGAUUCUCAGGAUACCUGGAUUCUUAAAAAUCCUGGUGCCUAGAACACUGUCCCCCCACUUAAUGCAGGGGUUAUGUUGGAAAGUAUUGGGGGGGGGGGAGGUUCCUGUGUAUCUGAAUUGACAAAAGCCACAUUUUGAUUAGGUACUUGUGUAUCACUUACACUUUGAGGUAACCCAUGUUUUCUUAGCUGAAAUGGUUUCAAAAUUUCAGAGUUUCCUUUAGCUUAUUCAUAAUAAUGUAUGAAAAUGCAUUUGGAAAUGGGGAAAAAUGAAAAGAAAAGAAGUACUACCAGAUGAAUGCCAGUAAAAUUAGUGGAGCCCUAAGUUUAAAAUAUGGCUUUUAUUACCACCAUAUUGUCUUAAAAAUACUUCUUACAGCUCAUUGCACAACACGAGCUGGGUAACCACAUGAUUACGAGAAAACAAUUUUCAUUGCAAAAGUGAACUAGCAUGAAAGUUCUGGUACAGAACAUCAUGUCCAAGGGUGAACUGAUACAUGGCCAAGUGCUGAAAUCCUUAUUCAGUGUAGAAUUCUGAAAUGAAUGGCUUUAUGAUUGCAAGAGAACAGGGGAACUCAACUCUUUUCCAGCACAGGAAUAACAUAAAAAAUAAAGGAAUUACCAUAGAUUGGGAAGGAGUUGUGUGUGAAGGUUUGGACUUAAUGACCAUGAGGAUCUCUCUUACAAGCUGUGUGCGUCACAUGGAGAUACAGUAAAGAACUGAAUAUAGAAUAUCAUUCUAGAAUCCUUAGAGGCAAGAAGCUACUAGUGCAUUAAGGCUUCAAUCCUAGACACAUUUAGUGGGAAGGAAGCCCCCCUGAAGACAGUGGAAUUUACUUCUGAGUAAACAGAGGAUUGUACUGCACAUCCUCCUCUCGUUGCAGAAGAACAAUAAUCUAUUAUGGAUGAUAAGGCACCUGGAAAAGACUGCAAAAAUCUAACCAAGUACUGUGGAAGCAAUGCCAGAAGCAGGCUACACCUGUUUGCAAAUUAGCUCACUAGGAAUUACAUGAUGAAAGGGCAUUAAACUUAUAACUUUUACAAAACACAUUACUCAUAUCUUCUGGCAAACCACCCACUGAUUCUCAGAAGCUUUGUGUCAAAAUGCUCAACACUAGUUUUAUUAUAUGGUGUACUUAAUCUGCCUUGUGACAGUAUAAACUUAACGACAUGCAGAUAAAAUAAUUGAAUUUCCAGUGGUAUUUAUGGGACGAACCAUAGCUCUGCCUUAGAGCACAAGCUGCACGCAGAAGGUCUCAGAUUCAAUUUCUGGUAUUUCCAAGUUGGGCUGGGAAAGAACCUGGCCUGAAACUCUGGAAAAAUGGUAUCAGUUGGUGUUGACAGGUCCGAGAGCCAGUGUGGUGUAGUGGUUAAGAGCGGUAGUCUCGUAAUCUGGGGAACCGGGUUCAUGUCUCCGCUCCUCCACAUGCAGCUGCUGGGUGACCUUGGGCCAGUCACACUUCUUUGAAGUCUCUCAGCCCCACUCACCUCACAGAGUGUUUGUUGUGGGGGAGGAAGGGAAAGGAGAAUGUUAGCCGCUUUGAGACUCCUUAAAGGGAGUGAAAGGCGGGAUAUCAAAUUCAAACUCUUCUUCUUCUUCUGAGAUAGAUGGACCAAUGGUUGGUCUUACUUGGCCCUCAGGUAAUUUCUCCGCAGCUUGAAAGAGGGAACAAGCAUCAAGCUAAUCACACUUGAUACAGUGUUCUAGCUACUAAGCUAGAUUAUUGUUAUAACAUAGCCUCCAACAUUUCUCUGAUGAAAAUAGGGACAUCCUAUUCAAUAAUACCUCGCCCAGUCAGAUAGGCAGGGUAUAAAUAUUAUUAUUACUACUACUACUACUACUAUAUUACUAUUUAUACCCCGCCCAGUCACUCUGGGUGGCUUCCAACAUAUAAAAACAUUUAAAAAAUUAAACAUUUAAAACUGCCUUCAGAUUGCUUGGGGGUCUUCAGAUGCCUCGGGCGUCAGAUAACUCCAUACCCUCCAACAUUUUUCUGAUGAAAAUAGGGAUGUCCUAAGGAAAAGUGGGACAUUCUGGGAUCAAAUCAGAAACUGGGAUGGCUUCUGUAAAUCCAAGACUGUCCCUGGAAAAUAGGGACAGUUGGAGGGUCUGUUAUAAUGGUAAACUUUUCCCAUCAUAUGCUUUCUGACUUUGAUUUAUUCAUAUUUAAUGCCAUGUAUAUUACACACUGCUAUUCUUUAUCACUAUAAAUGUUUUGCUCUUCACAAAGUAUAGGUAAAGGGGAUCCCUGAACAUUAGGUCCAGUUGUGACUGACUCUGGGGUUGCGGCGCUCAUCUUGCUUUAUUGGCUGAGGGACAGCUUCCGGGUCAUGUGGCCAGCAUGACUAAGCCACUUCUGGUGAACCAGAGCAGCGCACAGAAACGCCGUUUACCUUCCCGCUGGAGUGGUACCUAUUUAUCUACUUGCACUUUGAUGUGCUUUCGAACUGCUAGGUUGGCAGAGCAGGACCAAGCAACAGGAGCUCACCCCAUUGCGGGGAUUCGAACCGCCGACCUUCUGAUCGGCAAGUCCUAGGCUCUGUGGUUUAACCCACAGCGCCACCCGCAUUCCCCUCCACAAAGUAUACAAAUAUAUAAACCUCCUGCAUUGAACACUGAUGAUUUUUAGAAAUAUUUCUGCAUUUUGGACCAUUGCAAAAUUAUACCUCAGCAACUGGAAAACCUGGGUUGUUAAAGAAUCCGUUCUUCAAAAGAAAGCACAGGGAGUCUUGUCAUACCUUCUCAAUAAAACUUAAUUAAAUUCAACUUAAUUAAAUACCUUAAUUGAAACACACCCAAGUAAUGGAGUUAAGCAACCACCCCCAAUCUAGUGUCUUUCUGAUGUUUUGUACUACAAUUCCCACUAGCCUUAGCCAGCAUGUCCAGUGCUCAGGAAUGGUGGUAGUAAUCCACAAACAUCUUUAGAGCACUUAGCUGGGAAAGGCUGGGUUUGAAGAAUGGAUGCAUCUUAGCAGGAAGUUUAAUCUUGAAGCAUGAGCUGACAAUUAACUAACAGAGAAAAGGUGGAGGGGGGGAAAUAAGACAAAGUGGGAACUGUUGUUAAAUGUUUGUGACUAAGGAGUGGGCAGGCAAUGACUUGCGGUGGGGAAGGGAAGAAUAGCAUAUGGCAUGCAAGGAAGAGGACAGGUUGGAAGAGGAAAUGUUUUUCUUGGAUAUGUUAUGGUCUACUCGGCUGCUGGUUUAUUUAUAUCAUGAAAAGUGAUCCAAGCCAUUUUUUUCUUGCUCAACGUGCAAAAUGGCAAAAUUACAAAUGCAGAUGUAGCAAGACCGUUGAGAAUGCUGGGAAUGCAAAUGAAAAUGCAGUUCCCCUGAGAACUGAUGAGCUGCUCUAAGGGGAAAUAUAUUUAUAUAUAAAUCUCGCACAAGAACACAUACACAGUGUCGGUCUAUAUGUAGUUUUAAGAAUUUGACCCAGUAUGUUUUAUAGUGGUUUGAGCUAGUAUAUAAAUCUUAAAGUGUACUUCUGUAAGUCCACCAGCUGUCAUUUCGACCAGCACCCACCCUGUCCCAGAAAAAAACAAAUUACACUGGCUGUUGAAAUCAUCCCGUUGUUUGUUUUAAGCCUUAGCUGAGCACAUUUCCCCAACUUCCACUAGUGCACUGGGAAUUCUUCUGUUUUGAUGUUUGACUAAUUCUGGCACUUAAAGGUUAUGGGAACUAACAUUAAGCUGGGGGGGUAAAUGGCAACAAAAAUGUAAUGAAAUCAGAAGGAUUUCUCUCAGCAUAGCUGAUUAACUGCAACAUUGGGUUGAAAGUUAAGUAAACAGAAAGGCAUGGGAAAAAACUACACGAGGGAAAGUGGCCAGAGAUGGCUAUUUUUAUUCCCACAAAACGCUUCCAUUGCAAACUGUUGAAUUCAGUGCAGUAUUUGGAAUAGAUCCUGUCAAACUGAAACCACAAACACAUGCAACACCGCAAGGUAGGAGGAGGAGGAGGCACUGGGGGGAGUGGGGAGCCUUUGGCCUGUAUGGCAGAUGUCAGUGGAAGAUGGACUUUGCGUUUCAAAUGCUGUCAACACAUCAGGUUGUAACAUUUUUUGAUCACCUGCCAACUGUUGCACAAGCAUUUAAAUCAAUAAAUAAUUUUCUGCAACAGGAAGCAUACGUCCAUGUUCCCACAAUCUUUUAGCAAGUCUUAUCCCGUAUGUUUCACAGAUGUUCCCCUUAAGAGACUGAAAAGCUAGAUUCGAGACAAAUAAAUCUCAUGUGUGGCAAUUUCCCUUCUAGUGAAUAAAAACAGGUCCCUUAACAAAUCCUCAUUUGACAUAAACAAACCCUAGACUUUUGAAAAGUUUAAUUUUGUUUCAGCUUUUCUUUUUAAUAAUAUCAUUAUUCACCAGAAGCGGAAGCUUGCAGAUGGGAUUGUAGUAUUAUUCAAAAUAAAUUGUAUCUUCCUUUAUUUUAUUAAUUCUAUAUUGAGGGGCAAUCAAAAUAUGUUUCUAUUCCUUAUUGAAUGGCAAAACAUAUUGCACUUUACUACUAUAUUCCGUAUCUUCAAACGGCAACAUUUUUCGAAGACCUGUUAGAAGUACUAAAGGGGGGUCGGAAUCAUGUGCCACUUGACAAAAGUUGCUAGUCAGUAAGAUUUUAGGCAGGGUAGAUUAUUCUGUUACAACUGCAAUGUGACAAUCUGGAUUUGCAGCAACAAGAUGAGGAUGAGCUCAAUUCCAGAACAAGAUGAUAACUAAGAAAGUUUACAUUUUUAUUUAUUUACAUCAUUCUUAUCUUGCUUUCAAAUUCAGGGGACUGUACAUGACAACUCCCAUUUUUAUUUUUAUAGGUGGCACUAAGCCC